AUAAAAAAAUUAGUUAACGUAAAAAAUGUUAUUACCAAUUCAUUUAACUUUUUUUUUGAGUUUAAUGACAAAAAUAACGUUCUGUAAUCAAAACCCAGUAAUUGGAAUACUAACACAAGAAAUUUAUCGGUCACAUUUAGAAAGGUUCAAGCCACCAAAUUAUACUUAUAUUGCUGCAUCUUAUGUAAAAUCAAUUGAAGCUUCAGGUGGACGAGUUAUACCAGUUUUUACGAACCGGAGCACUGAAUAUUAUAAGAACGUAAUAAACAACGUCAAUGGCAUUUUAAUUCCCGGAGGAAAAAGUGCAUUUAAUAUUAGUUUUGGAAUUGGUCAAUCAGCAUAUGAAAUAUUUCGUAUUGCUAAAAACAAAAACAAUAUGAAAGAUUAUUUCCCAAUACUUGGUAUUUGUCAAGGAUUUGAACUACUUUUAAUAGCAACCAGUACUAAAGAGUAUCCACUGACAAAAUGUAUUUCUGAAGAUGUAAAUUUACCCCUCAAACUCAUACCUGGAAUGAAUGAUAAAAGUAUGUUAUUCAAAACUAUACCUGAUGAUAUUCAAAAAAUAUUAUUGACCGAGCCAGUUACAGCAAAUCACCAUAAGCAAUGUAUGACAGUAAAAAAAUUUAUGUCAAUGAAUUUAAACAAAUUUUGGAAUCCUAUAACGGUUAAUACAGAUGAACAUAAUGUGGCUUUUAUUUCCAUAAUAGAAGCAAAAGAUUAUCCAUUUGUUGGAGUACAAUUUCACCCAGAAAAAAAUGCCUAUGAAUGGAAAGAAAAUGAUCCUCACAGUUGGUCAGCCAUAUAUUCAGCACGCUAUUUUUAUGAUUGGUUUGUAAAUGAAAGUCGAAAAAAUAAGCAUAAAUAUGCAAAUAGUGGUUUACUUGAAAAUGAAUUAAUUUAUAACUAUCCAGCAACAUAUGUUGGAAAAUUUAAUUCUAUUUACGAACAAGUAUAUUUUUUCAAUGAUUGA